AUGCUGGUCAUCACGGCCGUCUUCUCCGCGGCAAGGCACUUGGAGCUUGGAGGUGCGAUUGGCGAGGGCUCCUUUGGAGCGGUGUACCAUGCACGGCUCGACGGCGCGCCGUGCGUCGCAAAGCGAGCCGCCGCGGGAGAGCGGGCGGCGCAGUUCUUCGAGACCGAGGCGCACGUCAACCGGCAGCUCGUGCGGCGCCGCGCCGGCGGCGGCAGCGCUGUCCUCCGGCCAUCCUGCAUCGCGUCAUACAUCGGCGAGUUCGAGGCGUCUGGUCAGCUGCACCUCGUGUGGGAGCGGUGCGGCGAGGCGACGCUCGGCGAGUACCUCGAGCGCGGCGACGAGGGGCGGGUGGAACUAACAGCGGCGCUCGGCUGCGUCGCGUCCGAGCUGCCUCGCCGAACGCUGCAGCUGGUCCUCGAGGCCCUCGCCCACAUCCACUCGCUCGGCGUCGUGCACAGAGACGUCAAGCCGCACAACCUGCUGGUCGACACGAGAGGCCGCACGCUCGCGCUGAUCGACUUUGGGUCCGCGUGCGACGUCGCCGGCUGGGUGGUGCAGCGAGGUCUCGAGGCGGGGAGGGUGCUCUACUGCCCGCCCGAGCAGCUGCUCGCCGUGCGGCAGCCCUUCACGCACGACCUCGCCGCGUGGCGCAUCGACGCCGCCGCCGCAGACGCGCUGCCCGACGCGUGGGAGAGCGCCUUCCCGCUCGACGGCGAGGCGUGGCAGCUGCUCUGCGGGCUGAUGGCGCCGGUGCCGGCAGACAGGCCGGUGGCGGCGGAGGCGCUGCUCUCUCCAUUCCUGAAUGCGGUGGGUGGAUGA